AUGUCAACUAGACGGGUAGUGAUCACAGGACUCGGCCUAGUUACCCCUUUGGGUAACAAUGUUAAGUCUUCAUGGAAUGGAAUUAUAGAAGGACGUAGUGGUAUUAAACCUAUCACAGGAUUUAAUGUUGAUAACCUUGCGUGCAAAAUAGCGGGGAUAAUUGAUAAGACAAGCGCUAAUAGUUUUAACCCCGAGCAAUAUAUUAACCCUCGCAGUCUUCAUAAAAUGGAUUUAUUCAUUCAAUAUGGAAUUGCCGCAGCUAUAGAAGCAAUAGAAGAUAGUGGUUGGAAGGCUACUAAUGAAUUAGCGGCAAAUAGAACAGGUAUAAUAUUAGGCUCAGGUAUUGGUGGGCUUAAGAUGAUUGAAGAAACGUCUGUAAAAUUUCAUACAGAAAAUAAUGGUAAAGUCAGCCCUUUCUUCAUUCCUGCCUCACUAAUUAAUCUAUUAGCUGGGCAUGUCUCAAUUCAAUAUGGUUUUACCGGACCAAAUCAUGCGGCAGCUACUGCUUGUUCUACAGGAGCGCAUGCUAUAGGAGAUGCGAUGCGGAUGAUUCAAUAUGGGAAUGUAGAUGUUAUGAUUGCUGGCGGCGCAGAAGCUCCAAUUACUCCAGUUGGAGUGGCAGGUUUUAUUGCCGCAAGGGCAUUAUCUACCAAAUAUAAUUCUACCCCGGAAAUUGCAUCAAGGCCUUGGGACCAAGACCGUGAUGGAUUUGUCAUGGGUGAAGGCGCUGCUGUAGUAGUACUGGAAGAAUACGAGCACGCUAUAGCAAGAGAUGCUAAAAUUUAUGGUGAAAUCGUGGGAUACGGUUCUACUGGUGACGCCUAUCAUAUUACAUCGCCUCACCCUGACGGCGAGGGUGCUUAUAGGGCGAUGGUCGAGGCUCUUAAUGAUGCUCAAAUUAAUGCUCACCACAUUGACUAUAUCAAUGCUCACGGUACUUCUACCCCCAUUGGUGAUGUAAUUGAGUUAUUAGCGGUACAAAAAUUAUUUUUAGAUGCUAAUCCAAAAAUCCUUAUGUCUUCAACUAAAUCUUCUACUGGGCAUUUACUUGGCGCCACUGGUAGCAUGGAAUUAAUCUUUUCACUGCUUGCCAUCCAAGAUCAAGUCGCUCCUCCCACUUUAAAUCUACAUAAUUGCAUAGAAGAAGCCGAAAUAGAUUUAGUACCAUUAGAAGCACGAAAGACAACCAUUAAUUAUGUUCUUUCAAAUUCCUUUGGGUUUGGUGGAACUAAUGCUAGCUUAGUGGUUAAGAGAAUAUAA